AGUAAACAUUGAACACUUUGGGCCUCCAUACACUUCCGGUUGUGAAUUUCUGAAAUCAAACUUUUUGAUUCCUUUUAUAAUCAGUAUUUUUUUUUAGCCAUCCAAUGUAUUUAAGUUACAUUUUAUAAUUACCUACAUAUAUACUCGUUAUUAUAACGCGCUACAUUGAAAGCAUACCUUAGUGUACAUUACCAGUAGUCUAUUUUUAUAUUCAUACUAAAGCUAAUUUAUGUUACUCGCAGUCUAUUUCAGUUGUCUUGUUGUUUCAUUUAAAGAAAGUCACCUAUUUUCGAGCACAUUUAGUGGCCCAUUUAAAAUCGAUAUUCUCACCUGACACAGCUGCCUCACUAAAAAGAGAACUAUUAUUAUACCAGUCACACCACUGGCUGCUCAUUCAAAAAGAGCUGCUCAAAUGUCAGACCACAGGCUUCUUACAGGGGGGAGGAGUUAAACCCCAGACAAACCCGCAGCAUAAACCAACUCGGCUAUGUGGUUGUUCGUGUCCUACCGAGAGCGAUCCGAGAGUUGACGGUAGGAGGAUCUGACAGACACCGGAUUAUCAAAGAUUAACACAGUGACUGUGCAGCAUCGGCGGACAGUUAGUCACAGAUUCAGAAGCAGCUUUUUUCUCUCUUCACCAUGGCUGAGACUAAGGGGAAAUUCGACUUUGCCAUCGACCGGGGUGGCACCUUCACCGAUGUAUUUGCCCGGCUUCCUGAUGGCCGUGAGAGAGUCCUGAAACUACUGUCCCGCGACCCCCAGAACUACAAAGACGCUCCCACUGAGGGGAUCCGCAGAGUCCUGGAAGAGGAAACAGGCCGCGUCUUUCCUCGCGAACAGCCCGUAGACACCUCUCUGAUUGGCUGGAUCAGAAUGGGCACAACGGUGGCUACCAACGCUCUGCUAGAGAGAGAGGGAGAGAGGACCGUUCUGCUGGUCACGAAGGGCUUCAAGGACUUGCUGCACAUUGGCACACAGGCCAGGCCAAAGCUGUUUGAUUUGGAGGUGGCAGUGCCUGAAGUGCUGUAUGAGGAGGUAAUAGAGGUCGAUGAGAGAGUCGUCCUCCAGCAAGAUGGCUGCCAGCUGCCUAGGAAAGAUCCCAAACGUGUUGUCACAGGCAGCACAGGGGAUUCUCUGGAGGUGUGGAGGGAGCUCAAUCUGGAGCGCGUGGAGAAAGACCUGAGAGGAGUUCUGUCCCGCGGGAUCACCAGUCUGGCUGUACUUCUGCUGCACUCAUACACAUGGUCUGACCAUGAGAAAGCAGUGGGUGCCCUGGCGCGUCGUCUGGGCUUCACCCAGGUGUCUUUGUCCAGCGAGGUCAUGCCCAUGGUGCGGGCAGUUCCUCGGGGUUACACCGUCUGCGCCGACGCCUACCUCACACCCAAAAUCCGGCAGUAUUUAAAGGGCUUCACCUCUGGGUUCGAGGGUGCCCUGAAGGAUGUGGACGUGCUGUUCAUGCAGUCAGAUGGAGGUCUGACUCCCAUGGAACAGUUCUGCGGUUCACGGGCCAUUCUGUCCGGCCCUGCAGGAGGUGUGGUGGGAUACGCCAUCACUUCAUACAGCCAGAUGGAGAAAAAACCUGUGAUUGGCUUUGACAUGGGUGGAACAUCCACUGAUGUGAGUCGGUAUGCUGGCCAGUAUGAACAUGUGUUUGAGGCUACCACAGCCGGGGUUACCCUGCAGGCACCUCAACUGGACAUCAAUACUGUGGCUGCAGGCGGAGGGUCAAGACUCUUCUUCAGAUCAGGGAUGUUUGUGGUUGGACCAGAAUCUGCAGGUGCGCAUCCAGGACCGGCCUGCUACAGAAAAGGUGGUCCUCUGACUGUGACCGAUGCUAACUUAGCCUUGGGUCGCCUCCUGCCUUCCUUCUUCCCAAAGAUCUUUGGGCCCGGAGAAAACGAACCACUGUCCUUAGAGGAGACCAUGAAGCAUUUCCGUCAUCUGAGCCAAGAGAUCAACCACUUCCUGUCUUCUAACCAAUCACAGGUUGGUGCAAAUGGCGCCCACCACUCACACAACAGCACGUUGCCAAACAACCAAUCACAGAUGAGUGUGGAAGAGGUUGCCAUGGGGUUCAUUCGUGUUGCGAAUGAGGCUAUGUGCCGGCCAAUCAGAGCUCUGACACAGGCUAAGGGCCAUGAUACAUCUCAACAUGUGCUGGCAUGUUUCGGGGGGGCAGGUGGCCAACAUGCAUGUGCUAUUGCCAGAGCCCUAGGGAUGAAGACUGUAUUUAUACAUAAGUACAGCGGCGUGCUGUCGGCCUACGGUCUGGCUCUAGCGGAUGUGGUGGAGGAGGUGCAGGAGCCGUGCUCACUGCAGUACGAGCAGAACUCUUUCACUGAGCUCAACCGCAGGGUGGAGCAGCUCUCAAAACGCUGCCACGAUACACUGUGCGCACGCGGAUUCACCAGCGGUCAGAUUACCACUGAAAUUUUCCUCCACCUGCGUUACAAGGGCACAGACUGUGCUCUCAUGGUUACCGCCGCCGGUCACCCCAGCAAUACCCAGUCCUGUCGAGCCGGCGACUUUCACAGCGCCUUCACUGAACGGUAUCUGAAGGAGUUUGGCUUCACCAUCCCAGACAGACCUAUCAUGGUUGAUGACAUCAGAGUGAGGGGUUGUGGCAAAUCUGGUAUCAAAUCAGUGUAUAAAACAAAGAUGGGACAAGGACAGGCCAAACCUGUCAUGAUGACAAAGUGUUACUUUGAGGAUGGUUACCUUGACACCGCUGUGUAUCUAUGGGAGGAGCUGCCGUGUGGUCACAGCAUCCAGGGACCAGCCAUCAUCAUUGACAAGAACAGCACCAUCCUGGUGGAGCCGUGCUGUGAGGCCUGUCUGACAGAAGGGGGCGACGUGUGCAUGACUGUAGGCUCUGACCCUCACUGUGCCCUGGGCACAGAGCUCAACACUGUGCAGCUUUCCAUCUUCUCUCACCGCUUCAUGAGCAUAGCAGAACAGAUGGGCAGAGUUCUCCAAAGAACCUCCAUCUCCACCAACAUCAAGGAACGUCUUGACUUCUCCUGUGCUGUGUUUGGACCAGACGGCGGUCUUGUGUCCAACGCACCACACAUCCCUGUCCACCUGGGUGCCAUGCAAGAGACUGUCCAGUACCAGAUCAGAUCACUGCAAGGCAAUCUGAAAGAAGGAGAUGUGAUUCUGAGUAACCACCCAUGUGCUGGAGGAAGCCACCUCCCAGACCUCACAGUCAUCACACCAGUGUUUAGAAAAGGGGUGAGCAGUCCAGUGUUCUUUGUAGCCAGCAGGGGGCACCAUGCUGACAUUGGAGGCAUCACUCCGGGCUCAAUGCCCCCUCACUCUACCUCCCUUCAACAGGAGGGCGCUGUCUUUAUUUCCUUUAAACUUGUCACCGGUGGGGUCUUCCAGGAAGAGGCUGUAACUGAAGCCCUGAUGGCUCCAGCCCAGUACCCAAACUGCUCUGGGACUCGUAAUCUCCAUGACAACCUGUCAGACCUGCGGGCUCAGGUGGCAGCCAAUCAGAGAGGCAGCCAGCUGGUGGGGGAGUUGAUUGACAGCUACGGGCUGGCUGUGGUCCAGGCGUACAUGGGGUACAUUCAGAGUAAUGCAGAGCUGGCAGUGAGGGAUAUGCUGAGAGACUUUGCACAUCGUCGACGGCAACAGACAGGCGCCUUGGAGGUGGAGUCGGAGGAUUUCAUGGAUGAUGGGACGCCAAUCAAACUGCGGGUCCAGAUUAAUGAAGAAGAGGGCAGUGCGGUGUUUGACUUCACAGAGACGGGGACAGAGGUUUGGGGGAACUGCAAUGCUCCUCGGGCCAUCACCCUCUCUGCCCUCAUCUACUGUCUGCGCUGCAUGGUGGGACAGGACAUCCCCCUCAAUCAGGGCUGUCUUGCACCAAUCAAAGUCAUCAUCCCCCCGGGCUCAAUCCUCCAGCCUUCCCAGAAUGCAGCUGUGGUUGGAGGAAAUGUACUCACAUCCCAGAGAGUGGUUGACGUCAUUUUUAAGGCGUUCGAGGUGUGCGCCGCCUCGCAGGGCUGCAUGAACAACAUUUCGUUUGGCAGUGAGAAGAUUGGUUACUAUGAGACAGUUGCCGGGGGAGCUGGGGCGGGGCCAGGCUGGACUGGGCGCAGUGGAGUUCACAGUCACAUGACCAACACCCGCAUCACUGACCCGGAGAUUCUAGAGAAGAGGUAUCCAGUAAUUUUGGAGCAGUUCUCCCUGCGGCCGGGCUCAGGAGGUGCAGGGAAAUACUGCGGUGGAGACGGUGUGAUUCGGAAACUGAUGUUCAGGGACCACGUGGUUCUGUCUGUACUGACUGAGAGGCGAUCCACCCGCCCGUACGGCCUCCAGGGGGGUGAGGAUGGUGCUGCAGGGCUGAACCUGCUUCACAGAGCAGACGGUAGAGUCCUCAACCUGGGAGCCAAGACCAGCAUCAGCAUUCAGCCCGGGGACAUGUUCUGCCUGUACACCCCCGGAGGAGGAGGACAUGGAGUGGAAGAGGAAGCAAAUAGAAGACCCCAGACUAAGCGCAGGCGCUUGAAUGAGACUUUCCCUGAGAGAGGCAGCGUCUUUGAAUACCGAAUGGCACAAGAGGGAGUGUGAGAAAAGAUGAGAGAAAAAGGGAGAGUGAACAGACAAGUCAGAAGUAAGAGGAGAGGGAGAGAGGUGGGAACUCAAGCAGAGUGACAGAUGGAAAUGCUGGAGUUGAAGAUGAACAAGGAAAAAAAAUCAUAGUUAUACUGUGAGAAAUAAGAAGCACUUGUUUAAGUCAGAAGGGAAAACAACAUUUUAAGCCUAGAGAUAGGCAAGCAACUAACAGUUUCUACUCACAUUGUUUUUAGAUAAUACUGUUUUGCAGUAUCUGGUGCUAACAGAUAUUCAGUAGACAUUUAACACAAAGAGAUGUCAUCUUUUAUCAGGGUUUAUGAAAAACAGGCUGUGCCGCACUAGCAGGCCACGUGACUCACCAGUAGUAGCUCAGGUUAAAGUGUCAAUGAAAUUUGUUUCUCAGUUAAACUUAAUAUUCCACUUGUUAGUCGCAAUAUUUUUCAUAUCACUAGCCAAGAAAACUCUGAGUAACCCUUAGCAAAUCUUGCAGCACCAUUUUGAUAACACAUAUUCCAGUGUGCAUUUCAUUUUCUGGAGAUAUACUGUAUGUAUUUUCCUGAUUAAACUUUUUUUUUUUUAAUUAGUUCUAGUCUAACUGUUCAGGAUAAAGCCAACCAUGUGAAGCUGCUAAUCUGUUUUAACCGGAAAAACCACUUAUCUAACACUAGUACUUGAUGGUGUGGUUAUUUUAACAGAGCAGACAAAUAAACCUCAUUUCUGCUAA